UGAGCGACGGGUGGAUUAGGGUUCCCACCAAAUUCUGAAUAACGGAUGAUACAACAUACAAGCGCAAUAUCAGCUCAAACCUUUUCUGACAUUUCUUUUUUCCCGCUUUUAAACCGUCGACUUGCAAAUAGCAGUUUUUAAAACCCUACUACGGCUACCACAGUACCGCUUUCAGGGUUUUUAACGAACAGAAAAACCGAUACUUUCUCGUCAUUUUUCCUGUUUUGUAUGUAAAUUGGGAGUCUUCAAGUUCUGAAUGGCGGUCUUCGAGCAUUUUCAGAACUUGUACGACAUCAGGUUGAAGCCUCGGUUGCUUCGUUCACUUAUAAGAGAUCGUGUUCCCGACGAGAAACACCCAUUUUCUAAACCUUCAGAGCUAUCUAUAGUGGUUUCAGCAGUCAAAAACCAUGGGCUUCUAUCUGAAUCUUCCAGAGAAGCAGUUGAUCCAAAGCAUAUGGAGAACUGGAAAUCUUCCAUUGAUGCAUGGAUCGAGCGCCUUCUGCUGCUCGUUUCAAGUAAAAUGCCAGAUAAAUGUUGGGCAGGAAUCUGUUUGCUAGGCCUGACUUGUCAGGAGUGCAGCUCUGAUCGUUUUCUGGCAUCGUACUCUGUUUGGUUCCAGAAACUUCUUGCACAAAUUCAGCCUCCAUCAGAUUCUCAUUUUGUUAAGGUUGCUUCUUGUGCGUCCUUGGCAGAUCUUUUCACAAGGCUAAGUGGAUUUUCAAAUAUAAAGAAAGAUGUGACAUCUCAUGCUGGAAAACUUAUUCAACCAGUUUUGAAGUUGCUGACUGAUGAUAGCUCAGGUGCUGUAUGGGAAGGAGCAGUUGAUUUGUUAUGCAGCAUUAUAAAUUUCUUUCCGUCUUCUGUCCAUCGUCAUUAUGAAAGUGUUGAAGCUGCUAUUGUUUCAAAAAUCAUGUCAGGAAAAUGCGAUUCAAACAUAUCAAAGAAGUUUGUCCAUUGUUUAGCAUUACUUCCAAGAUCAAAAGGAGAUGAAGAUAGCUGGUCCUUAAUGUUGCAAAAGAUUUUAAUAUCAAUAAAUGUUGAUUUGAAUGAUGCUUUUCAAGGUCUAGAAGAAGCAGAAACUAAAUCUAAUGAAGUUAUUAAACACUUGGUUCCACCUGGGAAAGAACCCCCUCCUCCUCUAGGAGGCAACAAAAUGCAAGGAGAAACCUCCAACCAAGCAACUGAAAUGUCUGAGCAAUUAAUACUGCACAGAAUAUCUAUGCUGAUGCUUUGUUGUUGCAGAAUGCUUACUAAUCCUUAUCCUGCCCAGGUAAUUGUUCCUGUUCGCCCUUUACUAGUACUUGUUGGGAGAGUGCUGAUGGUGGAUGGUUCACUGUCUCAAUCCUUAUUGCCCUUCUUAACAGUCAUGCAACGAGAAUUUAUUUGUUCAGAGCUUCCACUGUUGCACUUAUGUGGUUUGGAUCUUCUGACUGGAAUCAUUAAAAGAGUGCGCAGUCAACUAUUACCACAUGCUGCAGAUGUUGUCAGACUCCUAACAGAGUAUUUCAGGCGAUGUGCACUUCCAGCAUUAAGAGUCAAAGUUUAUUCAAUCUUGAGGAUUUUGUUGAUAUCAAUGGGCGUUGGAAUGGCUCAAUACCUUGCCCAGGAAGUUGUCAGUAAUGCUCUUGUUGAUCUGGAUUCUAUUGCUCAUGGAUGUGGUGAGGCAUCUUCUACCCCAUGCUCAAAAGCUGCAAGUGAGGGAUUGCUUCUGCCAAGUUAUAGGAAAAGAAAGCAUGGUACUAUAACGGGGUUUUCUGAGGAGCAGCAGGGUGGAGUUGGUACAGAAAUGGAAGCAGUGAAAGGCAAACCAAUAACUCCAAUUGCUGUCCAGACAGCUGCAUUACAAGCAUUGGAGGCUCUUCUUACUGUGGGUGGUGCUCUGAGAUCCGAGUGUUGGCGACAAAAUGUUGAUCUUCUUCUAAUAACAGUGGCAACAAAUGCCAGCAAUGGGGGUUGGGCCAAUGAAGAGAAAGACAUUUUUCUUUUGUCUGAUGAACCAACUUCCACUCGGACAGAUUUUCAGCUUGCUGCAUUACGUGCACUUCUGGCUUCUCUUCUUUCCCCAGCUCGUGUCCGCCCUCCAUAUUUGUCACAGGGUCUUGAACUCUUUCGCAGAGGUAAGCAAGAAACAGGAACAAAGGUAGCUGAAUUCUGUGCUCAUGCUCUUUUGGCCUUAGAAGUGCUAAUGCAUCCUCGGGCUCUUCCACUGGUGAACUUUCCAUCAGGAGAUCAUCCUGACUUUGGUCAAGGGUUUAACUGCAAAUUUCCAAAAAAUAUAUUCUCUAGUGGUCUGAAAAACAAUAGCCCAUUUCCAAGAGGUAUACUGGGAAAGGAUGAAAUUGAACCUGAAUCUAAUGAUGAUGAACUAUAUAGCAGCUGGCUGGGGAAUGACGAAGAAACUGAGGCUUCAGCAAGUAUACCAGAUAAGCAUUUGGAAAGUAGGCAAGAACUUUCUGAAAAAGAUGGUCGGCUGUCCACUGAAGAUCAUCAGGCAGAAAAGCACCCUUCUGAUCUUCCAGCUGGUGCUCAAUUUCCCAAGGAAGGUGAUAGAGGGGCUACAGAUGCUGCCCACAUGGAAACAGGAGGAAUUAAGGAUUCAAUCAUGGCUCAAUCAGAGAGAGUGCAGGAAAUUAUUCCUAAUAAUGAUGUUCGGUUACAGGAUAAAGAUGUCAUGGUUCCUACUGGUGAUUUGACAGCAAAUGUAGUAGAACCCAACAAAGGUAAAAUAGAGAGCAGCGGGUCGGAUUCUUCAAAAGCUACCCCUGCUUUAUCCAGUGAGAUAAAUAACAAAGUUCUCAUGGCGGCAGCUGAUGCUAAUGCCUUGCCUUCAGAUCAAGGGAGUCUUCUUACUACUUCGAUAGUCAUUGAGAAAGGAAAGAAGCUUGUGUUGGAGUACAAUUCUGAUGCAUCAAAGGAUUCCUUCCCGGAUAUUGUUGAUGGAGAGCCAGAUUCUGAUUAGCGUUUGAAUGGAAGUUUUGAUAUUUCAAACAUUCUUUUUAGGGGAGAAGAAUGCGAUACUGAUAUGUCGAGGGGGAAAAUAUUCUCACAUAAGACUGGAACUUUUUUGUUAAUGCAUGUAUUUUUUCUGUACUAAGCAUUUUUUUUCUUAAUUUGUUUACCCAUGCCCUCGUUCCUGGGCGUGGAAUGUGGAAAUUCCUCACCAAGGAAACGGAUUCAAGCUCAGAAUGUAAAUUAUUAGCAAUUAAAGAGUUUGCUGGUCUAAAAAAGCCUUUGUGCUGCAAAGCUGCAUAAGCUUCAGGGUUUGUUCGUUUGUUUUGAAGUCUGACAUAUGAAAGUGUAAUAAUUACAUUAAGAGGUAUAUUGGUAUUGGUGAAUUUUUUUUCCUCUAAA